CAUUUAUUACCUUUUCUUUCCCGGACUCAGGCGAGGGCUGUCCAUCGCUGACAUUAAGAAAACAGAAAGCACAAGGAUAACCUAAUAAAGACGUAUUUACGCUUUUUCAGCGGUUAAAACAGAAGAAUUUACGUUUAGAAGCACCUUCUGUCCUGAUAAGCGUCUGUGCUUUUUAGCGGAAAAAUCACAUCCUAAGUUGCUUCGAGGUUGACUGCGAGAUACUGGGUACCCUAUUUGUUACUAUUUGCCACUAUUUACCACUAUUCGCCACCAUUCGCACUGUUCGUACUAUUCGCUAUUCGCUAUUCGGGACUAUUCGCUGUUCGCUAUUCGCGACUAUUCGCUAUUCGCUAUUCGGGUUUUCCAGACACCCGUCCAGAAGGCAGAUGGGGUCUAGAUACGGGUCCAGGAGGGGUCCAGAUGGGGUUCAGAAGGAGUCCAAAAAGGGAUCCACUAGGGGGUCCAGAUUGAGAGGUCCACGUUUUGUACCGAUCCGUGAUUUCGUAGCUGAUGGCCAUGGCCAUCAUGCAUCAUGAUGGCCGUUGAUUUGUUUGUUUUCUUUGCGCUUUUAUCUUGCAUCUGAUUGGUGACUACACAAUUGACAUGUCAAAAUCAAAUCAAAGCGUUCGCGGCUUUUUAAUUUUCACAGUAAAACCUGUUGACCCAACUUUCGUUCCGCCCUUCUGAACUGAUCAUCGUAGUGUCGCUUCACUGCACUUCAUGACCUGCCUUCGGAACAAUGUCUCAACAGAAUCAAAUCCUUCACGAUGUCGUACAACGAGCCUUCGUUGAAGCUUCUCGCUACGAGAAUACUCGGCAAGAUUAUCCUUUGGAGGCCGUGGAGUUCUUUUUGAAUAAUCUUGGCGUGAAAGAGAUCGUAACCCGGGAUCGUCCUUUCAAAAUUUUAGAAGUCGGCUGUGGCACGGGAAAGUUUACUCGGGUGAUGUUAAAAGUCUUGGAGCUAAAAGAGUUCAAAGAUAUCAAAGUGAUUGCCAGCGAACCACAUCAGAACAUGUACGAGGAAUUUAAAGUGGUUAUUCCUGAUACUGAAAUUAUCCAAUGCACUGCCGAGAAAAUACCCCUUCCUGACUCAAGUGUGGACGUGGUUAUUGCCGCUCAAAGUUUCCACUGGUUUGCAAACCGCGCAGCUGUUGAGGAGAUUCACCGAGUUCUUGCUCCAAGUGGAUCCUUUGGAGUUAUCUGGUCAAUCGAAGAUACUUCUGUGCCGUGGAUGAAAGAUCUGUACGAAUUUAUGGAGCACGUUUAUGAGCAAAAUUCCCUAGUUUUCCCUUACAAAGAGAGUUGGAAAACGCUUUUUGGCGGACUCUGCCAGCAGUUGUUUAGCGCUCCAAAAGAAAAUCUAAGCUUUAGGCAUCGUUUCCCGUUCUCAGUUGAACAGGCGUACGAGUAUUUCUCUUCGUAUUCUGUAAUAGCUGGUGCCAGCGAGCAAACAAAGAAAGAUUUGAAGGAGAGUCUUGAUAAGGUCAUGGAAAAACAUUUCAAAGGAAAUGGAAUUCCUUUAGAUCAUAUUUCUUUUAAAAUUUAUUUGUAUUGGUGUACUAAGACAACUUCAAAUUCACGGUGAGCUUAGUCGAGGAGCAUAAGUACUAUGAGCUUGGUGAGGGUUUGUUGUGAGUUUGGUGUUGGGGUUUGUGUAGGGUUCCAUUUUCCAGGAAGUUAAUCCCGUUUUCUAUUUUCGAUUACAUGAGGAAAUCUUCGCAGACGUGAUGGUUUGCUUUUUCCCUCGUUAGCAUUUGACUUUACAGUAGAGAAGACAUAACGCUAGCUAGAUACGAAUUGACCGAGUCCAAACAUUGGAAGCGCUUGUAAAACCUAGUAACUAGUAAAUUGUGUACUACUAACUCUUUGGAUGUAGUAUUGAAGGGGAUUUUAAAACAACUUGUACCGUAAACUGUUUUCAGGCUAGUUCAUGUUAUUAUGUUGCUGUAAUAAAAGUUGAAUAAAAAGUAACCUGUCAUCAAGCCGAGGUUUUCGCCCUCGUAUAUGUCGCACGAAAAAAAAAAAAAAAAACACUGGACCUGGUAUAAUCCAUUCCAGGGGCCCGUUUCUCGAAGGUCCCGAAAAGUUUUACACCCGGAAAAGUCGUAAGAAAAUCUCCAACCUUAUGAAUACAGAACUGUUUUAUUUACAUAGUCUUAAUAUCAACAGAUACACCUCUCGGGUUUUAGGUACAAAUUAUCUAAAAAUGGCUUUGCGGGCCCGACAGGUUUCCGGGGCUUUCGAGAAACGGGUCCCAAUUCAAGCCGGUCAACCGGAGAUGCAAUAUCAUUUUCUACGGGCCCCCUCCCUAAGAUUUCUGCCGCUUGAUUUUUUACGCCAACUAAUUAGAACCCUUGCCUGUUGCGCCGAAACACAGCAAGUCAGUCUGUCACUAAAGAUGGGCCGAUACCGAUACCAAAUAUUCGAUACCGGCGAUACCAAGGCCGGAUCGAAAAAAAUCGUUACCAUCGAGAAGUAACGAUGCUUUUGAUACUGCACGUGACCUGUCCACUCUUUGUCUCCUGAGCCUGCGUUAUUCUGGUCAUAACCGUUGUGUUAUUGAGCAGGACAAUGUUCUCGUUAAUAAACUGAAAUCUUUGACUUGUUUAUCUGUGUUGUUGAUUCAACAAGAAAGUACAGUAUCAGUAAAGCUUAUUCAACGCAACAAAUACUAGUCUGCGUAGCAGUCUUUUCCGUUUCCUUUCAGGCAAGCGGGAGUCGCGCGAGGGCACGGGAACAGAGGUAACAAAAAUAUUAGUGGCAGGGGGGAGGGGCAGGGAAGGGGCAUGCGAUCGCCUGGGAAUAUGAUCGCUCCUUUGGCGACCAAGAAUUUUAUGACUCGAUUGGGCUUUCCUGAAGCCCGAGUAAUGAGUGAACAAAUAACAUUAGGGACUUGUCAGAAAUUAGCAGGGGGAGGGAGGGUGGUGGAGAUUUUCAGCUAAGUGAUGGAAAAAAGAUGAUGAAAGGGAUGAAAAAUGUCCCGAACCUCCCCUGGAACUCGUCCUAAAAGUCCAUGACCCUUCUCUAGAUAAAUAAAACUUCCGAAUUUUAUGACGAUGACGAUGAUGAUGGCAAUGGUGACAAUAAUGUUGAGGAUGAUCGUGACGGCAGCACUGCUGAUGUUGAUGCUGUCAGAGAGAACAGUUUUUCUGAGGGAUAUCUAACAAUUGAUGUGCAAAAGCAAAACCUGAGCUGUUUUAUAAGGUGGGUUGUUGCAUUUACACUUUCAAUAUCUUGUCUUUUUAAUAUGUCAGGAAAUAAUUACAUGCCUUGAUUUUCAUACCUAUUUUGUUAUAUUUUAAAACGUAAUAUUCAAGCAUCCCUUUACGAUCAUGAUGGCUUAAUUUCUUGCGACCCUCCCUCUUUUCCUGUCAUUUUUUUCAUAACCCUCCCUUUUGAAGGAGUCAAAAAACUGUGACCCUCCCCUGUUUUCCACCCCCCUCCCCUCCUGCUAAUUUUUGAUUAGUCCCUUAGCUUCGGUCGAUGUUUUCUCCUUGAUGCCGUUUCGCCUAUGGCCUACCACACUUAAUAAGCGAAAUUGUUAAAAUCGUUUCCAUUGAAAACGCCUAAAUUUGAAAACGCUGUCCAGGGUCUACUCAUUCCCAGGCGUCCCUCCUUUGUUCGAGCGCGCGUGGAGUUAUGGACCUGUUGCGCUCAAAGUGCUGGAUGCGCGACCUAACCAUCAAGCACCACAUUACCAGUCGCCGACGCAACGGUACCUGACGAGGUAGACCCAGAGUGGAGACGUGAAAACGGAGCCCUACCGUAUAAGAGUGUACGGGGUAAUAAGGACACAGUUGACAAAAACUUUGACUCGCAGUAGCAGUGUGGGUGAGAGGACGAGCGGGCGAGUCUUUGUUUCCCUUAAGUUUAUAGAGAAAUAAAUUUCUGUUGCGAAUGCCAAGACUCAACAGGCCGUUCUUCGCAAACUUCACAAGUUUAUUUUAAAAUCACAAGGUUCGCUUUCCUCUCUCGCUCUGACUGUGUACUUGCACUAAAAAGACUCAACACACGGCACUCCUUAAAACUUAGCGAGACCUAAUUUGAUUGGCUUACAACCUUUUCUAAACAGUUUCUUUGAUCACGGAAUAUUACCUGACACGCAAGCUUACAGGUUUCGUUGAUAAGAUGAAAGGCGUUUACAAUCUGGUGCUAAUUAACUGGUAAUCAUCGACUGAACUAAUUGAAACUGUCA